CCGCGCGCUGAUUUCGACUACGUCGCGUCUCAUCACCAAACUGCAACGGUUUCUUUGGAUCUUACAUUCGGCAGCUACCUGAUACAAUUGUCCCCAAAUCAACGGGCUUACAGCCCUCCGCCGUCAAGAUGGCGCCAAAGAUGACCAAGAACCAAAUGCGACGGGCUAAGAAGAAGGAGCAGAAGAAAGCGCAGGCUACCCAAACUCCAGACUCAGAAAUCAAGGGGUCCAAUCAAGAGCCCGUCCCAACUAAUGUCGAUAAAGUCGAUAAAGCCGAUAAAGUCGAUGGUGUCGAUGGAGUCAAUGGAGUAGAUGGAGUCGGGGAAGACGACCCCGUAGAACCGGAUAUUUCGACAUUAGAUAUCAGCGAAGACGAUCCCAACUAUGCCAUGUUCCAGGGUAUUCUGGCGCGAUUCGGUGUUACCAAGGAAGAGGACGAGGCUGCGAAAGAAGCAAAUGGUGGGGACAAGGGGGAGGUUUUCUACGACGACGACGAUGAAAUUCCAGAUGAGGAGGAGGAAUCAGCGGAGCCUAAAUUAUCCAAGAAAAAGAGAAAAGAGCGAGACAAGCUAUCCGUGGCAGAGCUAAAAGCGCUGGUCAAGAAGCCAGAGCUGGUGGAGUGGACAGAUACCUCGGCCCAGGACCCCAGAUUACUAGUUCACAUCAAGUCAUACCGAAACGUCGUUCCAGUACCAAGCCAUUGGUCGCUGAAGCGUGAAUACCUAUCUUCGAAGCGUGGUGUCGAGAAGCCUCCGUUUGCCCUCCCCAAAUUCAUCCAGGAAACAGGCAUAGCAGAAAUGCGCGAUGCAGUCCUGGAGAAACAAGAUCAAGCUACUUUGAAGCAGAAACAACGAGAAAGAGUUCAGCCGAAGAUGGGAAAGCUGGAUAUCGAUUAUCAAAAGUUGUAUGAAGCCUUUUUCCGAUUCCAGACAAAGCCGGAGUUAACGCGCUAUGGUGAGGUUUACUACGAGGGCAAGGAGUACGAGACAAAUCUACGACAUCUGCGUCCUGGCGAGUUGAGUGACGAGUUGAAAGAGGCUUUGAAUAUCCCACCUGGAGCGCCGCCACCAUGGCUGAUUAAUCAACAGAGAUUUGGUCCCCCGCCUUCAUAUCCGUCUCUCAAGAUUCCGGGCUUGAAUGCUCCACCCCCGCCUGGUGGUGCUUGGGGUUUCCAUCCCGGUGGAUAUGGAAAGCCUCCCGUUGACGAGUUCAAUCGGCCACUCUAUGGAGGAGAUAUCUUCGGUGUUCUGCAACCGCAAGUUAACAAUCAAGCAGGGGAGCCGAUUGAACGGACGUUGUGGGGCGAAUUGCAACCACCAGAGGAAGAAUCAGAAGAAGAAGAGAGCGAGGAAGAAGAAGAGGAAGGUGAAGAGGAAGAGAUCGGUACAGGUCUUCAAACACCCAGUGGUAUGGAGACUCCCGGUGGAAUGGCAUCUACAGUGCCUUCUGAAUAUCCUGGCGAUAUGAGUGUUAGUGGCGACUUCGACCUCCGCAAACAACGGCGCGGCACUGAAACGGAAGAGUCGCCUCACCCAAGGUCUGCGUACACCGUCAUUCCCGAACGACAAAUCCGGGCCGAAGGUUUCUUCGGUGGCGAACGUGCGUACGAUGUCCGCAGUGCUCAGAAUGCCCAUCUCCCAGUCUUGGGACAAGAAGAUGAAAACCGGAAGCGGAAGAAGCCAGGGGAUGUGGAUGUUGCUCUUGACCCCGAUUCGUUGAUGAACGAGGAUGGCAUUAGCAAGGAGGAAGUGAAACGUAGGUUCGAGGCCCAGAAGAAAGAGGAGAAGGGCGCCUGGGCUUUCGAAGAGGACCUGAGUGAUAUGAUUGCGCAGGAGAGUAGGAAGCGGCAGAAGAGAGAUGAGGAGAAGAGAGGAGAGAAAAAGGAGAGAUCUUAUAGAUUUUAAGGAGGCCGGUUCAAUGAGAUAGCACCAUACGGUAUCCGGAUGGACGACCACAGGCAUAUUGUCCUCCUGUUUGGUCGAUGUAAUACCAGGAAUUCAUAAUCGAAGCAGUUGUACGCUGUUAUAGGCCUUACAUGUACUAUAUUCCAUAAGAUGAAUGUGACGGCUAGGGUGAGAUUUACUGAGUUGUACAGACC